AUGACUGUGACAGCUGAGCGGUCACGUGGUCACGAGUGCCACGAGCGACCUCCGCGAGCGGCGAUUGGCAGGCCUGGUCUCCGGCAACUUCGCGCUUUUGCCGCGCGAGGCCAGCGGGGAGGCGAGCAGGAGUUUGGCCCGUCACUCCCGUCGAGGAGAAGGAGAGAGAGACAGCGAGGAAGCGAUCGGGCGAGACAAAGUGCCGGCGAGCCGCCUCUUUUCGCCAUGGAGUUGACGGAGCUGACGAAACACCUGGACAGGAUCAACGUGCCGCGCGCCGGCGACAGGAUAUACAAGGACGAGUGCGUUUACUCCUUCGACACGCCAGACACGGCCACCGGCCUCUACGUCAGCCUCGCCACCUUCCUGGGCCUCGGGCGGGAGCACGUCGCCCGGUACUACGAGAACACCGGCAACGCUGUGUACCUUCACAUCAAGCGCGUGAAGAAGGAGAUUCCGUCUGAGGAGCAGGGAGAUGGGCCUGAAAAGAAAAUCACGCGGCUGGCGAUCGGGACGGUCGGUGGAUUCAUGCCCGACCAGCAGAAGUACAUCUACGACGAGACCUACCAGAUAGUCAUUCUACCUGAUUUCCUCACUAUCGCUUAUCCAGGGAGCGAUCUGCCUGAAAAGGUGGAACAGGCGGUCAAGACUGUGUUACAAAUGGAAGGCGCAUGGGCGGUGGCGCAGGUGGAAGCUGUGGCCAGCAUGUGGGACGGAGAAGUCAGGGCGGAGUCGAAACACGCCGCGACUCUGAAGCAACUGGACAACGGCAAGAGGAUCCCACCGAGCGGCUGGAAGUGCGAGAAGUGCGACCUCACGCAGAAUCUCUGGCUCAAUCUGACCGACGGCAGCGUGCUCUGCGGUCGCAAGUUCUACGACGGGAGUGGCGGCAACGGCCACGCCGAGGAGCACUACCGCGUGACCGGUUAUCCCCUGGCCGUGAAACUGGGCACGAUCACGAAGGGUGGCAAGGCCGACGUGUUCUCGUACGACGAGGACGACAUGGUGGACGACCCGAAUCUGACGGCGCAUCUGUCGCACUGGGGCAUCAACAUCGCGCAGAUGGAGAAGACGGACAAGUCGAUGAUCGAACUGGAACUGGAUCUGAAUCAAAAGUUCGGCGAGUGGGUCUCCCUUCAGGAAGCGGCCAGCAAACUGACCCCGUUGUACGGCUCCGGCUACACCGGGCUGACCAAUCUCGGGAAUUCCUGUUACCUGAACAGCGUCAUGCAAAUGCUGUUUAUUAUUCCCGAUUUUGUUAAGAGAUAUGUGGAGAAAGCACCGAGAAUAUUCGCCGAUAAUUACAACGACCCGGCGUCGGACAUUAACGUUCAAAUGGCGAAAUUGGGCAUCGGUUUACUCUCUGGCAAAUACUCGGAUAAACCGAGCAAAUCCAGUACGGACGACGAGUCGCGGCAGGGUAUUCCGCCGCGGAUGUUUAAGGUCCUGAUCGGGCGCGGGCACCCUGGUUUCUUCUCGAAUCGGCAACAAGACGCCCAAGAGUUCCUCCUUUAUCUGAUUAAUCUGCUCAGUCGCAACAAUCGAAACGAGGUGUGCCCGACGGAGUGUUUCAAAUUCAAAGUCGAGGAGAGAUACCAGUGUGGCAUGUCCAACAAGGUCAAGUACACCAGUCGGCCGGAGUACAUCCUGCCGCUGCCGAUACCGUUGGACGCUGCGGUGAACAAGGACGAGGUAGCUGCAUACGAGGCUCAGAAAAGGGAAGCCGAGGCGAAGGGGCAGAAACUGGAUUCCAGCACCCUCGUGAGACCUCGUAUCAAGUUGUCGUCGUGCCUCGAAAGUUUCAGCCGCAUGGAAAUUGUGGAACAGUUCUACAGCUCGGCGUUGAACGAGAAGACGAUAGCACACAAGACCACCAGAUUGGCCAGCUUCCCAGAUUACUUGCUAAUCCACCUGAAGAAGUUCACCGUGAAGGAGGACUGGACGCCCAUCAAGCUGGACGUGGCGGUGGAGAUGCCGGACACGGUGGACCUGAGCUUCCUGCGCGGAAACGGUCUGCAGUCCGGCGAGGAACUGUUGCCGGACGGCGCGGUACCGCCGCCGCCCGUCUACGACACGGUUCUCCUGAGGGAACUGACGGACAUAGGCUUCUCGCCGAACGCGUGUAAACGAGCCCUAUACUUCACGGAGAACCGCAGCCUCGAGGCCGCGACCAAUUGGGUGAUGGAGCACAUCGCGGAUUCCGACUUUGACGAGCCGUUCGUGCCGCCAGGAGUCGACGUUAGGCAUGGCGAAGACAAGUUUGUGCCAGAUCAAGCCGCUCUGGAGAUGGUAACGAGCAUGGGCUUUACGCGGGAGCAAGCGACGAAGGCGUUAAAGGCGACUAACAACAAUCUGGAGCGCGCGGCCGAUUGGAUUUUCAGUCACCAAGCCGAGCUCGACGCCCCGGAAACGGACGGUAACGUGGUGCCGUCGAAGGAGUCGUUCAGAGACGGAAACAGUCGAUACAAAUUAGUGGGCUUUAUAUCGCAUAUGGGCACAUCGACGAUGGUAGGCCAUUACGUUUGCCACUUGCUGAAGGAAGACCGAUGGGUGAUAUUUAAUGACGAAAAAGUCGCUUUAUCGGAAAACCCGCCGAAAGAACUAGGAUACAUCUACAUGUAUCAACGGGUCGACUAGUAUAACUGCUGUUUUGUAUAAAGAUGUUGCUUUUCAACAAUAAAAAACUGAUACAAACA